AUGUCUGAUCCAAACGUUGCCGUCUUUUGGAACGAGAUCGAUCAUGAAAGGGAGCUGAAUAUCGCGCAAUAUGAAGGGAGGUUACAAUCUGUUAAAAUGACAACUGAUGGAGUCUUGAAUGCAAUCAGGACAACAAAUGCAAUACACCAACAUAAUCUCUUAUCUUUGCUCCCGGCGGGAUACAGUCCAACAGUUGGCUUGAAAUCAGGCGAACGGACUGCACGGUUAGAUUCCUCGCCCGAGUAUACUCCAUCUACACGGUUAGAUUCCUCAUCCGAAUAUCCCAAAAAGGCAAAGUUGAAGUCAAAUGAAUUGCCAUCCUCUCCUCCUCCUCAAUUGCCUGGGCAGUCUCCAACUGAUAAUCAAUUACGAAGAAACGACUUCAUCACAGGUGAAAACUCGAAGAUGGUGGGAAAUUAUGUACGAAAGAAGACUACGAGACCCUUAGAGGCAGAAGAUGAUCAUGAUCGUUUUUACAAACGUCAACGUGGACAAGAUGAUCCAAUCGAGAUUGAAGAACCUUCGCUAGGUAAAAUAGCACAGGAGCAAAAUGGUGAUGAGGAAGAACGAAUGUUGAAAAGAUAUCAUCAAGGAGGAAAUACAUCUCAACCAUCAUGUGUAGUUGACAGUACUUUUAAAAACGACGCAAUAGAUUAUAAUAAUGAACUGGAUCAUCAAAAUACAUCUUCACCAUCUCAACCAUCAUGUGCAGUUGACAGUACUUUUAAAAGCGACACAAUAGAUACAACGACAGAUACAGCGAUAGAUUAUGAUGAUGAAUUGGAUAAAUGGGCAAAAGAAACAACUCUUCAGCGUAAUGGAGAGUGGGUUAUUGGUACUAAAAAGGUUAAUGUGCGUGAUUUGCUGACAUUGUGGCAGAAUGAAAAAAAGCGUCCACACAAGGACCUUGCAUAUUACGAUAUAAUUGAUAUUACACCCGGUACCAACAGUGAUUUUAUGAAUUUGAAGAAAUAUGGAUCGCCAAUACCUGAUAUUGACAAUAGUGACAUCAAGGAAUUAAUCGUGAAAAUAGUCAAGGAACCUGAUUUUCAAAAGGCUGUAGAAAAUAAUUUCUUAUCGACGAGAAAUGAUGAUAGAAAAAAAUUUACAUGGGACUUUGCAUACCAACUUGCUAAUUCCUUUGAGCGCGGAAAUGAUCUUCUUAAUGAGAAUUUAUCCGAAAGAAUGUACCGUGAAGUCUUUUUCACACCAAUCAUGCGAAGCUUAUUUCAAAAAUUACGUGAGGAUAUGAAGGUUUUUUUUGGCGAGAUAUCCUUAUUUGCGUCAGCGGAAGAUUAUGAUCUAACAAAAGAUGAUGAGGAGGAUCGCAGUAGUGGACGAAAAAUCGAUAUUGUUUGGACAACAUUGCCAAAACUUGAAUUUGCUAUCGGAGAAGUUAGUGGCCCGCCUAACCAACGUCAGCAUCCACACUUUUUCGGAGAUAAGCUUAAAAUUGCAAAAAUGUUAAAAGUAAUGUUGAAUAGAAUAGUACGAGUAUAUGAAGGUAUCGGGGAGAGUUUAAGCUUACUAAAGCUAUAUGGUUUACAAAUUUACGAUCAUACUGCAUUUGUUUACGAGAUGACCGUGCCAUAUAAAGGGUUAUACGUGUAUAGAGAGGUUCAGCGGUUCCAAUUACCAACAAACCGUAACAAUGUAGCAUUAUUAUGUCGAUCUGUGCUAAACUUCCUUCUAUUUAAGGAAAUGCUUAUUCAAAGCUUAGAUAAAUUGAAUACAUAUAUAACGGAAGCAGGUCUCCGCACACCGACUGAAAACGAUAGUGCAUCUCUAUUUGUAACACAGAUGUCAUAUACACCGAAAAAAUAA